AUGCCCAUCGCAGUACAGCCCACCGAGCCGCCAACAACGGCAUCAACAGCUCCAUCACCACCAACCCACCCCGGUCUCCUCCGCGUCGUCCGCAGCCCCAAAGCCUUUGCCAGUGGCGCCAUCUCCGAAGUCUCUCUCCCCGCCGGCGCCGUCUUCGCCAAAAUCACCACCGCCACCCCCGGGAAAAAGGCCUACACCUCCGUGCAGACCGGCCGCGACAGCCACAUCGAGCUCAACUCCGACCUGGUCUUCUGCAACCACUCGUGCGAGCCGUCGCUGAACUUCGACAUGGCGCGCAUGGAGGUGCGUGUUGUCGACGACCGACCUUUAAAGGUCGGUGACGCCUUGACGUUCUUCUACCCCAGCUCCGAGUGGGAGAUGGAUCAGGCGUUUGAGUGUACUUGUGGUGCGCAGGGGUGUAAGCGUGUUAUCGAGGGGGCCAAGGGGAUGAGUAGGGAGGUUUUGCAGGGGUAUUGGCUCAAUGCGCAUAUUGAGGAGUUGUUAAAAGAGAGAGAUGGACUUUGA